UGGCGCGAGAAAGGUUGUGAGUUAGGUUGCGUUUUCUACUCGUGAAAAAAAGCGCGCGAUUUCUACGACGGUAUCGGAAAAGUUUUAAGAAUAAUUACGUAGAAAUUUUUAAAUAAUUAUAAAAAUACUGCUGGAAAUAAUAAAAUUGUGUAAGUCUCUUUAAAAUUAAGUGAUCGAAGUUAAUUUGUGUUGUGAAUUUUUGUUAUCUUUACUAAGAAACGGGAACAUUACGUAUACAUAAAGAUAAGAGAUGUCUGUUUGUAAGCUUUGAUGUGAUAUAUGAGUUUAAGAUGAACGGUGCUAGAAAGAACGAAAAUAUAAAAAAUAUCAACACUACAGAAUGUUCCCGAAGCAAAAGCAGUUGCAAAACGAAGGUAUGCAGGAAGAGAACGCGCGGCGCGCAAAGCGGCUGCGGUUGGUGGACCAAAUUGAUUAUUGCGAGCUUCACUUUAGCCUUCGUUGAAUCACAAGAACUAUCAGCGUGCUGCAGCAAAGCAAAUGGUACCUGUCGAAGUGUCUGUGAAAAGAUGUCACUGGGCUCAAGUAUUCGUGAAGAGAGAAUACAAAACAUUUAUAAGUUUUGUACACCUGAUUUAAUCGAAUUCUGGAUAUGUAUGAAUCAAACUAUUCAAGAAGUAGUUUCGGGAUCCGGGUGGUGGGGCAAGACUUGCUGCGCACUGGCGCACGGCGGGCAGUGUCGGCACGCGUGUGCGGCUGCUGAUGCUUGCCUAACUCAAUUCAAGGGUACUGUCUGCGGUCUAAACGGCGUCACAUACAUGUCGGAGUGCGCGGCUUGGUCUGAGUACGUUAGCGUCGACUACCUCGGGCCGUGCUUCGCUGUUGGACCCAUCUCAGACCUUAUGGAGCCUAAGUGUGGAUUUGAUAGAAUCGUUUGUCCUCCUCUUAAGAAACCGAAAUGCAUCGGGUUUACUGCCCCCGGAGCUUGCUGCCCCAAGUGUGGCGGUGCCCUUAGAAUAUUAUACGCCAAGAAACAGUUCGACAGAGCAUUAUAUGGAACAAACAUAUCAGAUAAUGUUGUACAUUUAAAUAAUAUUUUAAAAACUUUAGAAAGGCAUAUUAAGAUAGCUGAGUGUGCGCUGAGAGGUUAUUUAACAGUGGAAAUGGAGCUUUUCAUAUCAGUGGAAACUUUAUUAGAUAAUCCUACUGAUUUGCAAUUAAAAGUGUGUAUUCUUGAAGCAGAAAAGUUAGGUGAUUUAAUAAAUAGAGGUAGUGCUUUGAUAACUAGUGACGUAGCGUUAUGUGCGUUAUCGUACGCGAUACCAGUGCACACGACCCCUACACAAAGUGCAGCUAGUUUUAGUAUAUCAAUAGCUUUAGUAUUCAUUUCAACUUUAUUUGCAUUGAUUCCUAGAUAA